CUCUCUAGCUUUUGUGUCGUCUUUUCAAUCUUGUAGUUAUGCCUCUCACCAUCCUCCUUCCGGUCUCAUCAAUGUACUGUACAUCGCUCUUCUCCUGCUAACUUCGAGCAGGGAUCAGUGUCACUGUGUCAGUGCUUCGCCAAUGGACGCGGAGGAGAGGAGGGAGGAGAGCGUGGCGCUGGUGGUGAUCGUGGUCCUCGCGGUGCUCGCCCUCGCCUCCCUAGUCGUCGCCCUCGGCUACUACUGCUACAUACGCAGCAAGGUGUCCCAGCGUCGAAAGGCCUUCAAGAACGAGGCCCGGGAAGAGGCGGAUCACGAGGAGGCGGCCGCAGGAGGCGGCGGAGAGGUGGAGGUUGUGGUGGCCGCGGGGAAAGGUGGGGGAGGAGUGCAGCUGUUCGCCUACAAGCAGCUGCACACCGCCACAGGCGGGUUCGGGAAGGGGAACGUGGUCGGGCACGGGAGCUUCGGGUCAGUGUACAGGGGUGCCCUCCCCGACGGGAGGAAGGUGGCCGUCAAGCUGAUGGACAGCGGCGGGAAGCAGGGGGAGGAGGAGUUCAAGAUGGAGGUGGAGUUACUGACGCGACUCCGGUCGGCGUAUUUGCUCGGACUAAUCGGCUACUGUUCGGAAGGUGGUCACAGGCUGUUGGUUUAUGAGUACAUGGCCAGCGGCAGCCUCCAGGAACAUCUGUAUCCAACCGGCGGCGGAUCCUAUGGUGGUGUGUCAAAUUUGGAAUGGGAGACGAGAAUGAAAAUAGCACUUGAGGCUGCCAAAGGCCUGGAAUACUUGCAUGAGGAAGUCAAUCCACCAGUAAUUCACCGAGAUUUCAAGAGCAGCAAUAUCCUCUUGGAUAAGAACUUCCGUGCAAAAGUUUCAGAUUUUGGUUUGGCCAAAUUUGGAUCUGAAAAAGCUGGAGGCCAUGUUUCAACACGAGUUCUAGGCACCCAAGGCUAUGUGGCCCCAGAAUAUGCAUUAACUGGGCAUUUGACUACAAAAUCAGAUGUUUACAGCUAUGGUGUUGUACUCUUGGAGUUGCUUACAGGCAGAAUUCCGGUAGAUAUGAAUAGACCUCCUGGGGAAGGUGUUCUUGUGUCUUGGGCUCUACCUCGACUGACAGAUCGAGAGAAGGUUGCACAAAUUAUGGAUCCGGCAAUGGAAGGGCAAUACUCCUUGAAAGAAGCCGUACAAGUUGCCGCGAUUGCUGCCAUGUGUGUGCAGCCAGAGGCCGAUUACAGGCCUCUGAUGGCAGAUGUAGUCCAAUCCCUGGUCCCUCUAGUGAAGCACAAGUCGACUGCAAGGAUUGGCGGUGGCUCCAACUUACACACACCGAAAUCUCCAGCUACACCUAUCUGUGCCAAGACUACUACCACCACCUCCUGAAGUAUGCACUCAACGUUGCUUGUAUCAAUCUACAUUGCAUUAGCAUUAGGUAGUAAUAACUAGGUCUCAUGAAAAACUUGGUUUCACCGGUGAAACAGCUUUGUCAUAUAUUUGUUUGGACUGCUGUAAGAGUCGUAAAAGUAUAUUUAGAUUCCGAUAUAGUGUUUAUUUAUAUGGAGUAGCUGUUGAGUUCAUGUAAUAUAAUCUAGUAACCUUUCUACCUUCAUUUGGAAGAUUACCUGUGCAA